UAUUUACAUACAAUAAAUAUUUCACAAUAUUUUACUGUACCUAGGUGUAUAUAUAUCCAACUAACAACUAGCAAAUUAUAUCAGUCUCAAACUGUUAAAUAAAUUGAAGUCUUCAAUAUAGUAGUAUCUAUAUUGCUGCAUCAAAAUGAUGUUCACACAUUUACUGUCGUUUUAUCUAAUAGGUACUUGUAGUAUUUAUGCAGUAAUGGCUUAUGGUAACGUAAAUUACUUUAGUGAAGAAUUGGUACAACGACUCGACUUUUAUCAAGCCUUGGAAAAAUUCAAUAACGACUUAUACAAGAAUGCACCGUCAAAAGGAUCCAUACAAAAUGUUUUAUUAUCUCCUUUGAGUAUAAAUAUACUCCUAGCUAUACUUGCCGUUGGAGCUGGAGGAAGAACUAGAUCUCAAAUAAUCACAGCUCUCAAUCAGCCAGUCCAGUCGGGCGCACAAAUUUUAAAUAAUUAUAAGUUGAUUAUGGAAAAUUGGAUGAAUGUCACAGGUGCAGAAUUAGAAAUUUCUAACGCAGUAUUCUUCAGUGAUUGUCUAAAACUUAAGAGAGAAUUUUAUCACGAAUUAUUAUUUUACUUUAAAGCACAUGCAUUUUUAGCGAAUUUUGGAACCCCAACAGCAACAGCAAAUAAGAUUAAUAACUGGAUUUCGACACAAACAAAUAACAAAAUCAAUAAUGUAUUAUCACCAAAUGAUAUAGAUGUAACAUUUACUAAAAUGGUCCUCACUAAUGUCAUUCACUUUAAAGGUGAAUGGAAGUAUAAGUUCUCCGAUGUUACUAAUUUGUUCUUUUAUGACUAUCAUGGUCAAACUAAAAUCGUACCUACUAUGACUCAAACAGCUCAAUAUAGAGUGGCACAUGUUCCUGCAAUAAAAGCUAAUAUCAUAGAAUUGCCAUAUAAGGGUGAUGAACUUAGUAUGCUUAUCGUACUUCCUGAUGAAAUGUAUGGUCUGGACGAUGUUGAAAGUAGUUUAGAGAGAGUAAACCUUAGAAACCUCAGAAAUUCUCUAUCGCUUAUUACAGUUAAAUUGAAUUUACCUAAAUUUCGGGUUGAAGCUACCACUAACUUGAAUGAUGCUUUAUAUAAGAUGGGUAUAAAUGAUUUGUUUACGGAUUUCGCAAACUUCACUCGCAUUACAGAUGACAUAAUUGGUGGGUGUAAAAUUAUCCAUAAAACUUUUAUUGAAGUCAACGAGAAUGGUGCUGAAGCUGCUGCAGCUUCAGCUGCACGUGUCGCCUUUAGAUCAAUGAAUCCCCCUGGUCCUCCAGAAUUUAAUGCUAAUCAUCCGUUUCAUUAUAAAAUUAUUAAAUCAGUUGAUGAAAAUAAUGAUGUUGUAUUGUUUGCUGGUAACGUCAAACGUAUAGUGUAAUUUAUAACAUACAAAUUAAGAGGUUACAUGAGUUUGCAAGGCCAUAAUACACACAUUAGAAAAAAAUUCUAAAUUUAAGAAUAUCUUGUAAGCGCCUAUUUAAAAAUAUUAUUUUCAUGCAUUUAAUUUUUAAAGUAAGAAAAAAAUACAUAUUGUUUAAUAAUUAUCUGGAAAUUUUUAUAAUGUAACCAGUUAUAAAAGAAAAUAAAUUAAAAUUUAAAUGUA